AUGAAGUUGGCGCCCUUCUUGUCCUUCGGCGUCCUCGUUGUGCCCUUUCUCGUGGCCGGCGGGGCCCCGACGGCGACGUUCCCUGAUUUCGAACGCUCCUACCUCGCCGCUCGUGUUUCGAGCGUAACGCUAGAGAACGUCAGGACCUGGAACUUCUUCCCGGCGAAGUUCCCAGGGGAGCCAUGGGAGGUUCCAGCAAAGAUCGUGGCCCUCAUACCAACGGCAGUCCGCCAAGCCCUAGGGUGCGACGUCGCCAAACUGACGGUGAUGCGCAACGUCGACGCCGUCGACUUGUUCGCGGGCCGGGCGCGGAUCACCAAGUGGGGCACGCUCGGAGGCCUCAACGUGCUGCCGAUUGACAGAACGUGCGUCGAUCAUAUGGACAUCCUCACCACCACAGGCCUUGCCAUUGUGAUCGUCGCGCUGUUGCGCAUCAAACCUCCUGGAUUGAUGUUCGCUGGGCCCCAGUGUUCGAGUUGGGUGUGGGUGUCCCGCAGCGUGACGAAGCGUAGAAGAGGUAACAUCAUGGGCAAUGAAGCUUGUAAGCCUGUUCAGGAAGGGAAUGAGGUUAACGCCAGGAUGGCGCUUCUCUGCUACAUCGCGAAUAACCUCGGCGUCAGCUGGGUCAUCGAGCAGCCGAGAUCGCCCACGUUCUUCGAGACCCCUAACAUGCAGACUCUCCUCGUGGAGAUCCCGAGCGUCCUCCCGCUGUCGAUCAACCUCGGCGACUACGGCCACGCUUCCAUGAAGCCCACGUUGCUCGUGGGCGUCGGGGCGCUUUUGGAAGACCUCAAGAUGGUUGGGGCGAAGUUCGCCGAGCUCAUGCCAGGCGUUGCGCUCAGUUGCCCAGAGCCCGCGGCGAAGCCCAAGGCCCACUCCAAGGCGAAGUCGAAGGCAAAAAGCAAAACAGCUAAGUCGUCGGCGCCCACAAAGAAGGUCAAUACUGCAAAAGCGGCCGUGAAAAAGGCCGAGGCUGCGAAGCUGCCGCUCUACACGACAGCCACCCGCCCGAACGGGAAGAAGGCGGUCAACGGAAACAAGCGGGAGAUGAAGCAAUCGCAGGACUACCCGAUGCAGUUUGCUUUGUCCGUCAUGCGCCAUGUGGCCAUCCGCGGGGCCGUCCAUGCUGCGUCGGUCGCCAUGUAUUCUUUCAUGUGCGGUUUUACCGCGCGGGCCUCGGCCAUGGCGUUCUGUUUCCUCCGCUCCGGGCCUUUAUUGUGGGCGCGACCGCCCAUCUUCUUCUUUUUCCUCUUCACAAUUGGCAUGAUUGUCUGGAUCCUGUACUGGAUGCGCAAGCCUUCCAAGUGCGCCUCCAGGGCCGCCCGGUACACCGAUGAGCGUUCCAUCAACGUUCCGUCCAUGACACCCUUGAUGUUGAACUCAGCGACGAACACGGGGAUCCGGGCCAGCAUAACUGCAGCAAAUCUGGCGAUGUUCCUGGCGAGCCGGUCCACGGUCGCCACAACCAGGGCGGCGCCAUGCUGCACGCAUUGUUCCAAUGCGCUCUGCAAGGCCGGCCUGUGCAAUGCAACGCCGGACUCGUUGCUGUUCACAGUGGCGACAACCGUGUGCGACCCCAACAUCAUCCUGCACCACGCAUCGCACAUGGCGCUCUGGGCCUCUAACGUCAUGGGCUGCUGGACCGCUUUCGCUCCAGAUUUCGACUUCCGCAGGAACUUGACGACCUGGGGCGCCUUCGGCUUCUUCUCGUUAGUGCGGGUCUGCAUGCCGGCGGUAAGGGCGACGAGGAAUUGCACGAAGUUUGAAAGUGCUUGGAGAUCCUUCAAAGGAGUAUUUUGCUGGCCUGUCAUUGUGCCGCGGCGUAUGAUUGCGGCUGCGCCGGCUAGGCUGGUGGCCCCGGCGAAGGCGACGCUGAACGUCCGGGACGCCGUUGGCCACGGCGUCGAGGGCGGGUCUCUCUACCCCGCCGGCGCGGACCCCCCCCGCGCGCGAGCGCUCGAAUGCGCCCGCCAAGACAGCUUCGCCAAGCUCGCGAUGCUCGCGGCCGCCCCCCAGCUGAUGGACUCGGACACGGCCAGCAAGGAUUGGACAGACGGCUGCGCAGCGGCAGUUCCUGCGCGCCCCCACCUCGCCAUGUCCGCCUUCGACAUCUACGCCAAGUUCGACCUCGACCCCCGCGCCUCGUCGACUUGCCCGGCGCCCGCUGACGGCGGCGCGCCCAGGGCGGCCUGCCUCUGCAAGGGGAUGACGCAGUCCGAUUUAAUCAUAGAGCUGGUUGGACUAGGGGCCCUCAUGCAGGAGGCAAUUGCGACAGAUCUCGAGAAGCGGGUCGCCCUCGCAGCGCGCCGGCUCCACUCGGGGCCCAGAGUUUUGCGGUUCCACGACAAGGUACGCCCAGCCCAGUUCGAUCAACGGCGGACCGAGUGCUCCUUGCAGCCUCUGAGGGCGGCCGAGGAUCUCCAUGCCUGGCAGCAGGACCGGGAAGAGGACUACCUGCAGGUGGAGUGUUUCGGCAUACGUUUCGAGUUGUUGCCCGGCUUCGCAGAUUGUACGUUCUUGAUGUUUUCCGUGGCGGUUCGAUUCGAUGAGAUGACCCCAGAGGCGACGGUGUGGCUGCUGCGCGAAGAGAUCGGCCAGGACUACUUCAGUGCACCCAGCGAGACAGUGCUCGGAGUGCUAGACGGGACCGAGGCAGCGUUCGACUCGGAUGCUGACCCGUUCGCCGCAGAGCCUGCAGGUAGUCAGUCGACGCCAGUCGACGACCAGGUCGCUCGGUCUCUGAGCGCCGCGAUCGGCAGGGUGGCAGCCCCCGUCCGCAUCGACUGGACUGUGCACGUCAUGCCAGAGGUGCUGCGGCUGAUGGUCGGCCACCCGGCGCCGCCCCCGGCUCACACGGACGGCAGCUUGAAGAAGGACCCCGGUUCAGCGUUUGCUUCGCUGCACGUGGACGCGGAGGGCCCGUUCUAUUUCGGCACCAUCGACAUCGAGAAUAAUAUUGACGCCAUGGCUCUCUCUCACGAGUGCUGGCCCGCUCUCGGCGCGCAGCGCCGCGAGCUGCAGCCCGCGGCUCCGACGGUUUGCAUCAGGCUGGCUCCGCUGGCAGCAGCCUUCUGGCCGGCGCGCGCGCAGCGGGCCCCCGAGGACCAGAGCAGACCGGCGCCCGGCCCGCUCGGCGCGGCGGGGAGUUUGCACCAGAGGCUCACGAACGGUAUCAUUCUCGGGGCCGCGCUCGCGGCCAUCGGCCGAAUCAACGAGCAGCUCGCCCAGCCCCCCGCGCCCAAGCUCGCCGAGCUGCAGAGCCUGUGCUCGCAGAUUGUACAGACCCUCGACGCUGGCUUGGCCGCUUGGCGGGCAGUCCUAGCGAUGGCCGCCGUGCUGUCGGUGACGAUGCCGGCGCUGGUCAUCAGCGUGUGCCAGGUGGGCACCUGGCGAGAGUCCGAGACGGCCACGGACGGGCGCUGGGCGGACAUCCGGAAGCGCCCGCCAGAGCCUGGGCCGGCCACCAGCCUGGGCACGUUUUUGAAGGCCUGGCGCGUUGACUUGCCAUUCAUAGUGCUGCCGUCGGCACGCGGGAAGUUCUCGAGCUGCGGCUUGUGCGAUUUCCUGAAGAUGAUGAUCCAGACGUCGCCAGACCAAAGUAUCAAAUAUCAGCUUCUUUUGACACUUGGGGCCCAUUAUGAGUUUCAGGGCCAGCAACGUCUGUACCUCGACAAUCUUUUCCAGGAGAGCAUUCGGAAUCCGCGUGGACUUCUAGUGAUCGGCUGGGACAAGAUGGACCAGGGCAAGACAAUACUUCCGAGGGUGAGGGCCCUCAUUAACACGCCCUUCCAUAAGCAGGGCGAUCGCUUGGUCGCGUCAUUGAUCUGCGCGUGGGCGCCAGCGGUGUUGGGAAAACGGCCGUUAAUAUACACUUUGUUGGAGGAUUAUGCGCGCGGCCCCAAUAUGGCUUGCGCUCUGCUCGUGGACACGCUGAAGGAAGCAGUGGGCGCGAUCGGGCGCCUGCCAAGGCGGCUUUGCUUGAAUGCCGACAACACGUCUAAGGAUGCGAUAUUCUUCCAUAUAAACAAGGCGCUCGCUGGCGAAGACGCCCUGUCCCUGCCGCAGCUGUUCGCCAUAUUAUCCAGGAGAUUAAGACACCCGCCGCACGGGAAGCACUUGAGGGACCUCGACUUGAGGCACAAGUUGCGGUAG